AAACCUUGUUCUCAUACCUUUCAGAAGAAAAGCUACACCAGUAGAAUUGAAAACUUUAUAAAUAUUUCUUUAGCGAUGUAAGUGUUUAAAUAUGCUCAGAUACAAUGACCACCACGACAAUCAUCAUUUUCGUCGUCGUUGUCAUUUGACUUUAUUUAAGAAAUUUUCUUGCACGUCCAGUCGAUAAGUUUGCGAAAUGUGUAUUGAUUUUUUUUUUUUUUUAAAAAAGCAUUUUCUUUAUUUUUCGAGUGAAAUAUUUUUCUACGCAAUAGCGAAAAAGACUCAAAGAAAUGAGGAAGUAAACUGGCGGAAUCAACAAAAUGAAAACGAACAAAUAAAUUAUAAAAUAAAAAUUUAUAAAUAAAUUAAAAAAUGAUCGGAAGGAAGACACGACGGAAAAGAAGCUAAGAAAAAAAGCAAACUAGACAACACACAAUCAAGCUCUUAAAGACCUUAUGGUUUUAUUUGGAGUUAGUUGAAUCAGACAAUAAAGACAAUAACUUCGUGCAGGGACUGAAAGUGUUGGUUAUCAAAACAACCGGGGAGAAUGUUGUUGGUCAUGCCUGAGACACUGCCCUGGCUGUGCACAUUAGUCACACGGAGAUAUACAGAAGGGAAAAGAGUAGUGCGAGUGGAAGGAAUAAGUACUGUCAUCAAAGAAUCAAAAAAAGUGACGAUCCUCCUGAACAGUAAUUCUCUGCUGAUCAUGUAAAUAUAUUUCUAUCCUCUACUGAGGAAGCAUAUGAACAUCAUUCUGAGUUUCAAAGUUGAAGGCAAUCAUUAUAAGUUAUGAAACUUGUUUAAAAAAUGGUUUAUCUACCUUUGAAGAGAGCAAGCUCUGACGUGUUUGAUAUCACAAGGUCAGAAAGUUUGUAUUCGCACACCCAAGUGUCGCUUGUGAACAACAGUCAGAUAAACAUAUCUACAUUGUACAUUCAAUGACAACGAAGCUGUGCAGUCGCUGUGUCUGUCAGUCCUGAAAAACCCUUGUGGUUUUGUAUAUUUUCUACAAAAGCUGCACAGAUAAUUGUUUGGAAUGAUAACUUCAGGCGGUUUGAUGUUUUUCCAUCACAAUGUCCCUAACUCUCGUCGUCCAAUUUUAUUCCCAUCACUACUAGCCAUGGUCUUGUCAUGUCUUUGCAUUACUGGUGCUUCAACUCAAGAUGGCAAGAUUACCUGCACCGCACCAUCGGUGAGGCCUCUUCAAGAAGCAGUUCUUGUCUGUAACUUUCCCGAGGACCUCAGUGCGACAAAGAAAGACUUCACUGUCUACCACUAUGCCAACAAUGUCAGUCCAGAUGCCAUCAUAGACUGCUGGUGGUUAAACAAUAAACUGGACUGUUAUGCUCAGCCUGACUUCCAGUACAGCAAGGCCGUGGGUAACAACCUGACAGUUACCAUUCAACAAGUGACAACAAAGCUCACCGGGACAUACGCGUGUCAGGUGGCCGGCUACGGACGAAGUCUUUUGGAAACUUGCGAGAUCAAGUUUGAUAUUGGGAGCAGAGAUAACUGUAACAUUGUUCACAGUGGAUAUGAAUCUCAAGCAAACGUCACCUGCUUAUUCAACGAGGACAUUUCAAAAACAAAGAAACAAUUUGGGGUAUAUAAACACAAUGGACAAGACAAAGAAAUUGUGGCAAAUUGCUCAUGGGAAGAGACAAGGCCGAGGUGUCAGAUGGGUUACCUGGACAGUAAUGAUGUAUCCUACUACACUACUCUUAGGAUAUCACAUGUAGCACAAGGUACAUGGGACAACUACUCUUGCUGGCACGAAGGUUCUAUUUCUGGUCAGCAGGAGACGUGUCAUCUCUAUGUCGACGACAAUGAAAAACGUGUUGCGAACUCUGACAAAACAGACAACACAAUGGCGAUCGUACUGGGGUCGCUGAUUUCGACUUUAUUACUGGCGGCUGGGAUCGUCUUAAUGAUUAUUUGUAAAGGAAGGAUUCCGUUCUUGCGUCGUUGUAUUGUCCAACAAAAUGGACAAGCAGAUGAUGCAGAAGACCCUCUGAUGCCAACCCCAGAUGAUACAACCGUUCGGUUUAUGAACAGUCUGAUUAAUGAUGUUAAAGAAAUGUACCCGGACAUAAUGGAUUCUUGCCAUUUCGUGCCACCUUUCUACUUUAACAAAACUCAAUAUAAACUUCAUUCUGUGUCAGGGAGAGAUGUUUACAUCCCUGUCAUUCCUGACAUUAAAAAUUCACAAGAUAUGAGCGUUCUGAGACAUGAUAGAGCCAUGCAACAUGUCCUGCACUGUCUACAUCACAUGGCCGAUCAAAGACAAGAAAAGAUGUUUGUCCUGACACAGUUCAAAUACACGGACUACUUGAACAACCCUGGUAGUGAAUUCCAAAAACAUGGUCUACCUGUGCCAUCAGGUGUGGUAGACGAGGAGGAGGACGUGGCCUGUGUGGACUUUGUCAUCGUGCACAGAGAACACGGGGUGUUGGUGGGGGUGGUGAAGGCGGUCAGUGACAAGGUGGAGGACAGUGACGAUGGUCAGCAAGACGAGGGAGGAUGUAUUGUCACAGCAGUGAGUGAGGCUGUACAGCAGCUACAGAAGGCAAAUCGUGUGAUAGGACAUGUCAUGUCAGACCAGCGACAUAAGGCAAAUGGUGUGAUAGGACAUGUCAUGUCAGGCCAGCAACACUUUCCUACAGUUCGUCACACACUGAUACUACCCAACCUCCCUCGCGACUCACUGUGUCGUGCUGUCACUAAGCAUACUGACCUGCUUGAGAAAAUGCGCGAGUGUUUAGAUGUGACAGCCACAGAAGACCCCACUACCCAGUGUCUGUGUGUUGAGGACUUGUCAGACCCGUCAACACCUUCUGUGGUCAACACGUUACGUGACCGCUGGAAGUGGACGUGUGCCAGGGUUGAUGAUGUCGUUUGGACUGAUGAUCUGUAUCUCACUGUGAUAGCCAGGUUCUGUGGCCCGGCUACACAGUCAACUCUAGACAUACAAGAACAACCUUACCUGCUGCCCAAGACUCUGGCAGAAGCUGUUUCACUGACAGGAGACCUGUACGAGCGAUGGACACUGCAUCCACACAUGGUAGAGAUGCUCAACGAACAGCGACUGUUUCUUGUCGGGUCACCUAGUGUUGAUAAAAUGCGAAUGUUGGCUCUGGCUGGGAAAAUGUGGCUGUCACAAGGUCACCACGUGUAUAUCCUCUCCGAUUCUCCAGAACCACGUGACUCUGUGAUGUCUAUGUUGUGGAACACGUUAAAAACAAAGUGUGGUCCAGAUGAGGCUGAUGACCCUUCCCGAUUUCACCUCAGUGUGGUGCAGUGCGAUCUGAAAAACAAGAACGAAGUUGAAAAAACGCUGAAAAAACUAAACUUGACGGAGGGCAGUAGUCCUUGUGUCAUAGUCCAAGACGCUGUUAUCAACGGAAGCCAUUUCCGAUCGUUCUGUGAGACUUUGAGAGGCCGAUGUCCUGAUGUUUAUUUGUGGGCCACAAGCAACACAAACAAGAAUGUACCAGAAGGAUGGACAAUGAAGACCUUUAUUCAGACCCUCACCUGUCCCCCUGCAGUGGUCAGGGAAGUUUCAACUGAAGCAGUCAGUCAAGUCACACCUGGUGGUGAAGGCAAGCUUACCUGUCUACCUCCAUCAGACGGACCACCAGUUAAAUAUUUUAAACACGUUAAGACUGGGCCAUGGACAGUUCAUGAAUGUAAGGAUUGUUCUAAGGAAGUGGCUGACUUUCUCAUCAAACACCUUUUCAGAACAAAAAUUACCGUCUCACCUGCACAUGACAACAGAUCUCCAAACACACAGACAACACCUGGGGACCAGACUUUGAAGACAGCGUCGAUCAUUCAGAAGAAAGAUGUUUUGGUUUUGUUUGAAAGUGAAGCAGACAGAAUGUAUCAGUUUUUGAUAGGACUGAAUGAUUGUGGUAUUGCAGUGAGCAGUUUACAGUAUGUGAAUGGCAAGUAUAAAUUUAGAGGACAACCUGAUGCUCUCCGCGCCAUGCACGUGGACGAACUACAAAAAUACCCGGUGAGAAAGAAAGUCGUGGUGUACGUGGAAAAGCACCGAAGUGCUGGAGAUGUUAGCAAAAAACAGCUGGUGAUCAGCACCUGUACAUCACAGCUGAUUGUCAUUCGAGGAAAUCCUUAACUUUCUUCUAAUAUAUGUGUGUGUGUUUCCUGCUAAUGUUGACCGGUCAGGACCAUUGUCAAGACUCACAAGAUACGAAAGUACGGAAAGAUGAAGAACAGCAUUAAUGACUAUAUUAAAAGAAAAAUUCAGAAAGCGCUAAGAGUAUUUAGGUAACAAGAACUAAGAGAGUCGAUGAUUAUGCAGAGGAAGACAAGCAAAAAAGUAGCUAUAAACGAAAAAAUAGAGAAUAACAAGUAAAAAAAAAAAGAAUUCCAUGGUAUGGACUGUUGUUAGAAGUAAUAGUUUACUAGAAAGUCUGCUUUCGAUGCACAGUUAAGAGAUUGAGUGGUGGACAGUAGGCGGAUAAAAAUGGAGAUAGUUCUAUCGUAAUGCGGCACAGUAAUCGUAUGUGAUCGUAUAUUUCUGUUUUAGUGACAGAAAUAGUAAGUACACAAAUAUCACAUAUCAGUUGCACUUAGCAAGCUAUGUUAUCCAAUAAAAAUAUAGAUUUUAUUAUACUGUUUGUCAUCGGGAAAUUUGAAUAUGUUAUUAAAAUUUGUGUCAAUGUUA